AUGGGGGAUCCUAGUGAGGACAUUUGGGCAGAACUUGAAAGGAGCUAUUGCCCACCCGUAGACUCUGCAUUGUUCGCCGCGAUUGCCUCCGAAUAUGACUUAACGGUACCCGAGAAUAUCGACCAGCUUAAACAAUCCUUGAACGCCAUCAAGGAACUAGCCGUUGAACAGGAGAACCUUCCCUUUGAUCCAUCUGGUACUGCAAAUGAUCAUGGUCUGGAAACUUUCGACAUGAGCGGGAUGCGUUCAGAAAUUGGAACCUCGGUCCAUGGCUAUGAGUCCCUAUGCACUGCAACUGAUGUCACUAGCAUCUCUGAUGAUAGUCGUGAUAAGAAUACUUCGCACGCCGUAUAUACAAUUGCGGCCGACGGAUCUCUUGAGCUAACCGGAGCGACACUCGACGAUAAGACGAAUGCCCUCUUGGAGAUGUUCCCCACAAUGACUCGCUUGAGCGUGGCUCAGGCAUUAAAGACGAGCAGCGAAGAUAUUGACAGAGCAAUGGACGUUCUCUUGAAUCUGUCCUUCUUUGAUGAAACGCAAGCAGCCGAGGAUGAUGACAAAAUCUUCAUCCCAAAAGGCAUCGACGGUUUCGAUAUUUAUGGUGGUGAUGCCGGCCGUCAAUCUGGACGCAAGAAGAAACGCAAUAAGAAACAAAAGGCACAUCUUCUAGAGGAGAGGGCGUAUUCAGAACCUGCGAUUGUCAACAAAUGGGAGGCUGGCAAGGCUGAUAUCGAGUUCAUCUGCUCCCGGGCCCCAGAUUUACCAAGGGAAAAAGUCAACUCUGCCUAUCAUGCUAAUGGAAUGUCACUGCCAGCGACUAUCCGAGCAGUAGCUCUUGCUGAGGCCCCCCAAGACCCGAGUGUGGUUGAUGAUGACCCAGUAAUGCUCGCACAAGUGACCGAGCUCUCACAUGACUAUCCAACAAUUCCGCGAGCUACUUUGAUCGGGCUACUUAGAGUAACCUGCAACCUUAUCUCGGCAACGAAUGAGUUAGCUGCAGUGAUGGUUCAGCAGCUCCAAUGCUCAGCACAUGAUCUCAUCAAACUGUCUGCAGCUCCGCUUGAUCUCACGCAAGAUGAUGAAGUUGAUCAUGGUCCGGCCCGUCGUCGAGGAGCUCCCACAAGUGCGUUCGAUUACGAGCAGGCUCGGGCCGCCGCCGAAGUUCAUUUCGCGGCAGGUGUCUCUGCAUAUCAGCAAGCAAGCCAGGCCGCCCGUCGCGCUAAGUCCAACCCCCUCUUUGCUGGUGCAAGUGCAGUCUAUCGCGAGCGGGGACAAGAGCAGCGCGCACUCGCGAUGAAUCAUCUGGCGACAGCAUCAGACAGGCUUGUGACUCGGCAGUCGACCAACGGCGAUCUUGAUCUACAUGGGAUCAAUGUGACCAAUGCUGUCCGCAUUACCCGCGAACGGGUUGAAGCCUGGUGGAACAAUCUGGGAGAUACCAAGCAUGUUCGUGGGGGCGGCAAACAUGUUCAUGGUGGAUACAAGAUCGUCACUGGUGUCGGUAACCACAGCCAUGAUGGCACAUCUCGCCUGGGUCCCGCUGUUAGCAAAAUGCUGAUGCGAGAAGGGUGGCGAGUGGAAGUUGAUCGAGGAUUUCUCGUUGUCACGGGAAGGGCUCGGAGCUGA